AUGCGGAUGGUUUCUUCAAUGUUGUUGCUAAGAUUAAAAGUAUAUGCAACAAUUUUGAUUGGUGGUCCUACUCAUGUGUACAAGCUCAUUGAGGUUCUUUGGGAUCUUGAUGCUGAACACUCGGUUGUGUAUGCAACCCCUUAUCCACCAUUCUUUGAUGAUGUAAUUGGAAAGGAAGUUGUGUUUAAAGUAGAUCGGAAAAAAGUUGGAAAUAGACCAAAUGUUGGGACAUUUAAAGUAGUCAACUGUUCUGAUGAUCAUGUGAUUGUUAACAAAUUUAAGACAGAUCCUGUUUCCAGUAGACUUCUCCCACCAACUGUAUUUUCACCGAUUUAUGAGGAUGUCAUUCAAAAUCCGCAGCCUCAUGAUGAAAUAUCAUCUCUUGGUAGUAGAAUCUCAGUUACUUCUGACAACAUGGAAUCUAUUGAAGUUGAUAUGGAGGCUUUGGGUGCUGCGUAUAACCUUACAAAGCCGAAUGAAGAAUUUCACUUGGAUGCAUCCGAUUUUUUGUACAAAUUGAUAGGAAAAAAAUUGGUAUUCAUGGUUGAUCCUCAGCCUGUUGAGAGUGACAUAAUAUGCCCUGCGUAUAAUGUUUUUAAAGUUUCUACACAUGAGUUUAUGUUAAAGCUGAUUGAACGUCUUGAGAAUCGUGCUUUGAAUGCGUGUGCUAUUGUUUCGGCCUCAAAUGUGGCUUCUAUUAAAAACCCUGUUUCACAUAUUUCUGGUUCAGUAUUACCUGCUCACAAAUCUAUUCGUGUGGUGAAUGAAAUUGUUUGCAACAAGAGAUUGGCAUCCCCAUACCGUGAUGUACCAAGAUCUACAAAGCAAAAACUUGAAGAUGUCUUUUCUAGGAGUAUAGAUGAAACUUGGAAUGAUAAUGAGGAGGCAUCAUCAUCUAUGAAUAUUUAG